AUGGAUGAUUCAAUCCUGGAAGAGAGAGAGGAGCUAAUGGUUUCACUUGUUGAUGAACAAGUAAAACCCAUUUUUAGAGUUGCUCAUUUUCUAAAACCAACUAUAUAUUCUGCUGAAAAGCUUCCAUUUUUACCUUCAAGAUCCAAUAUUUCUUGUUCUUCACUAAAGGUUCAGUUUAGGGGUGUUUUUUUAUACAUGAAUGGAUGGUAUGAAUGGGUUGAUGAGUUAAAGCCAUUAUACGAAGAUAUAUGGAAAAAAGCUGGAAUCUUUGAGGCUAUUAUAGCUUCCACAUUCGAGAUUUAUAGGCAUAAUGAUUUGAUUCUUGCUCUAGCAGAGAGAUGGUGUUCGGAGACUAAUACAUUCAUUUUACCAUGGGGAGAAUCAACUAUUACUUUGGAGGAUAUGGUAGUUUUAGGUGGUUUCUCUGUUUUAGGCCAUUGUGUGUUGAAACCUGUUAAAGACCAAAGAUUCAGUAGAAGUUGA